AUGUAAUUUUGUGUGUUAGAACCGAAAGACCAUAUACAAACAACGCCGUUUGAUUUACUUGUAGCGAAUUAAGUGGACAUCAAAGGAUGACGUACAGGUUUAUGUCGUCCACCGCGAGGACUAUCUAUCAGUCUCGAUCAUUUUGGGCUGCGCAAACGAAAAGUGCAUUACCUCGUAGUCAUUUACCUGAGGGUUUACUAGCAAUUAAGCAGGUCCAGUUAUCUGUAGUGUCCGCCUUACCGGCCAAUCGAAGUUAUUUGCAUACUUCAACGAGCAUUUGGUCAGAAAAUAGAAAUGAAAGUGAACAGCCAAUCGCCCAACUGCCCCAAUUGAUGAACAACCCACCUCAUAUCGUCUGGCCAAGCUUUUUCAAAAGUGUCAGCAACCUGAUGUCAUCAUUUUUGAUUAUUAAACCCUACUUCGACAAUGAUUUCAGUUUAAAAGAGUUUGUUCGUGGAUCCAAACAAGCCCUUCUUGUCAUUGCCAAUGCUCUCGCUGUGGGGGAUCUUGACAGCUUAAAAGAACUCUUAGAUAAAGAGGCUUUUUCUGAAAUCAAAGAAAACAUAUGCAGGUUCGACAGCAAGCAACUGGCUGAAUUAGCUAUAUCCAAUCCAGAAGAUAUAUAUCUGACAUUUCCUUACCAAGUGGGCAUCAUCAUGAAUGAUAAUGCAAAAGGUGUUCAAGAACGAUUUGUGGAAAUCACAGUGUGUUUCCAUAUCUUGAGAGAUCUUAGCGAACUGAUCAAAACGGGGAAUUUUCAGCCUGGACCAAGUUCUUUUCAAACCCAUCGUGAUAAAAUCGUUAUCUGCAACUAUCGAUUUAUUCGCGAGUUCACUAAGGGUGUUGAAGGCCAAUGGACAGUCAACUUGGUUCACCAUUUUAACCUGUCAAAUGAUAGCUAGUCUAUAGCUGACGUUUACGGUACAUCAUAUUUUUCUCAUUUUUUCGUAUUCAGUAAACUUAAAAAUGAAACGUUUACCGAAAAAAUGUAUUAAAUGAAAUCGAUAGUC